AUGUUUGUGAUGAACUGGUUCAACAAUCUGAGUAAUCGCAGUUUGGCGAUAACGCUGCUAAUUUGCAUAUCCUUAAUAUAUGUAUCAUAUACAUUUAAUUCGUGCCUAUUGACGAGCAUUAGUCGUACAUUCCAAAAGAAUCCCUUACGCAGUCUGCUCUUCUCCACCGAUAUCUUAGCUGAUUCUGCCACUGCCACAAAUGCCGCAAAUUUUCGUUCAGCGCCUGAGAAAGGCUUCCCAACCGGUAACGCUAAUGCCGACAUAUCAACGAAGCGCACGCCGGAAGCACUAAGCGUAAAGAAUCGUGGGCCUUCCGUUGCACGCAUUAUGCCACUAAGUGGCUCAAACAGCAACAGCAACAACAAUAACGCUAAUAAUAAUGCAAGUACCGCAACACAGGAGGCCGCCGACGGUUCACCCAAAUAUCGUUUCCUGCGCCAACAAGGUCUACAUCCGUCGCGUCAUCUUCCCGACACGCUCAUCAUUGGCGUGAAGAAGAGUGGCACACGCGCUCUACUUGAAUUCAUACGGCUGCAUCCGGAUGUGCGCGCCGCCGGCUGUGAAGUGCAUUUUUUUGAUCGCCACUAUCAGCGUGGUUUGCGCUGGUAUCGCCACCAUAUGCCGUAUACCAUCGAGGGGCAGAUAACAAUGGAGAAGACGCCAAGCUAUUUUGUGACAAAGGAGGUACCUCAGCGGGUGCAUCAAAUGAAUGCGGCGACAAAGCUCCUCAUAGUGGUGCGUGAUCCCGUUACACGCGCCAUAUCAGACUAUACACAAGCGGCCAGCAAAAAAUCGGAUAUGAAACGUUUCGAAGAUUUAGCCUUCGUCAAUGGUUCUUUCGCUGUAGUUGACACCGCCUGGGGACCAGUCAAAAUAGGUGUUUACUCACGUUAUCUGGAAAAAUGGUUGAAAUACUUUCCGCUCUCCCAACUACUUUUUAUCAGCGGCGAACGACUCAUUAUGGAUCCAGCUUACGAGAUUGGACGUGUGCAAGACUUUUUAGGUCUCAAACGUGUCGUGACCGAGAAGCAUUUUUACUUUAAUGCCACCAAAGGUUUCCCAUGUCUGUUCAAAUCGGAGGCUCGUUCUACGCCACAUUGUUUGGGCAAAACGAAAGGACGCAAUCAUCCACAUAUUGAGGAAGCUGCCAUUGAACGAUUGCGUGAAUUCUAUCGGCCGUUCAAUAAUAAAUUUUAUCAAAUGACUGGUAUCAAUUUCGCAUGGCCCUAGAGAGGUGGUGGUGGGUAUGAAUCGUUAAAAAAGCAAUUUUUUGGAUAAUCGUCUAGAAGGCUAUGAUAUACAAGCGUACAAUUUUGGACCCAACUAAAGUUGUUAGCCAAAUAUACAUACAUAGUUACAUACAUCGUUACAAGCAUACAUAUGGAGCUGUUGCUAAACGACUAUACAUACAUGGGCGCUACUUUUAGAGAGCGCCCCAAAAACGCACAAUUUUUUGCUUCGAAACUUUACAUAUAAACGAA